UAAAAUCUUUUAGUGCGAUUUAGGAGUACUCCUAGUGCCAGAGAAGAGGAACCACUAUGGCCACUAAUCCUCAAACUUUCAUGCUGGAAUCUGAUGAUCGAAGUAAAGAAGAGAUAAAUGAAGAUGAAGAGAGAAAAAUAGCUGAGAAGAAGAGGAAUCUCCUGGAUUGUGCACUGGGCAAGUCGGGGAAAGACAAGGGACCCAUGGACACCAGUCACGUUGAGGACGAGGGGGCGCCAGAUAUCGAGAUUAGACUUAAUGUGAGCUAUAUUUUGGGGACUGAACCUGGGGAGAGCUUCAGGCAGAUACUGUUUGAUGCUGUGGCCAGCAGAGAUGUCAACCGGCUUAACGGAAUACAGGAACAUCUGGAGAAAUACGGCAAAAAGCUCUCUGACUCUCUCUAUCGUUUGUUUGGUAAAACUCCCUUGGUGAAGGCUCUACUAAACCUGAAAAAUGGGGAAAAUGAUACAGUGAAGUAUCUUCUUGACAUUGCUGAGAACAUGGGAGACCUGAAGCCCUUUGUUAACGCUGCUUAUACUGGCAGCUAUUACUCAGGUCAGACAGCCCUUCAUGUAGCCAUUGAGAGAAGGAGUAGAUACUUUGUUGAGCUUCUGGUGCAGAAAGGAGCUGAUGUCCACGCCAAAGCCUGUGGGAAGUUCUUUCAGCUGCAUGAGGACCCUGCCUUCUAUUUUGGAGAGUUACCACUUUCCCUGGCAGCCUGCACCAACCAGAAAGACAUAGUUGACUUCCUGUUAGAAAACCAGUAUCAGAAAGCAAAUGUAUGCGAGACAGACUCACAAGGCAACAUGGUUCUCCACGCCCUGGUGGUUGUAGCAGAUAACAGCCCUAAGAACACUGAUUUUAUUAUUAAGAUGUAUGAUCACAUUCUGACCAAAGUUGCCCAGCUUCACCCAAAAACCAAACUGGAGGAAAUUGAGAACAAGCAGCACCUCACACCAAUUAAAUUAGCAGCCAAGACAGGCAAGAUUGAGUUGCUGAAACACAUGAUGCAUCGAGAGAUCCAAGGGCAGGAAAGCACUCGCCUGUCCCGCAAGUUUAUAGAGUGGGCCUAUGGGCCUGUCUCCGGCUCGCUAUAUGACCUGGAAUCUCUGGAUUCAUACGGGGAGAACUCUGUGCUGGAAAUAAUUGUCUAUGGCAGCGAAAUCCCCAAUCGUCUGGAAAUGCUUCAAGUGGAGCCACUUAAUAAACUGUUGGAUGAGAAAUGGGACAGAUUUGCACAUAGAAUAUUUCUCUUCAAAUUCCUCAUGUAUCUUCUGUAUGUCUUCAUCUUCACUUGUGUUGCAUACUUUGGAAACAAAAAAAUGUCCACUGAAGCAAGAGUCUUGCAUGCAGCAGGACAGCAGAUAUUAUUCUGGGGGUCAUUGUAUUUAUUCUGCAGGGAGUUACUAGAUAUCAAAAGAAGACGUCCGAACUUGCAGUCUUUGCUGAUCGAUGGAUACUUUGAACUGAUUUUUUUCCUCCAGGCUCUGCUGUGCAUCAUCUCCUUUGUGCUGUACUGGUGUGGCAAGGCGGAGCACCUGGGCUUUCUGGUGUUGAGUCUGGCCCUGUCGUGGCUCAACCUGCUGUACUUCUCCAGAGGCUUCAGACACAUGGGCAUCUACAGCGUCAUGAUACAGAAGAUACUUCUUGGUGAUAUCUUGCGCUUCCUUUUGGUCUACAUUGUCUUCCUCUUUGGGUUUUCAGCUGCUGUGGUCACACUAAUGGAUGCGCCAAAAGAUCACAGCAACACAACCUCAGCAUCCAGCAAUCAAACAUUUCAAUCAAACAUCAAUCAAACAGCAAUCAAACAUCAGCCUGACAGUGACUCUGGUGAAAGUGACAAGCCAACAUUCAACAACUUCUACUUCACCACUCUGGAGCUGUUCAAGUUCACCAUUGGCAUGGGGGACCUGGAGUUCACUGAGCAGUACCGCUACAAGGAGGUGUUCUAUGUGCUGCUCAUCUCCUACAUCGUCCUCACCUACAUCUUACUCCUCAACAUGCUCAUCGCCCUCAUGAGCCAAACUGUGCAGAAACUCACAGAGGAGAGCAUGAGCAUUUGGAAACUACAGCGGGCUAUUACUAUUUUAGACAUGGAGAGGGUUCUUCCCCAGUGCCUGAGGAGGAGGCUGCGCUCUGGGAUAGAGAGAGACCUGGGUGGCUCUGCAGGUGAUAACCGACGAUGGUGCCUCAGAGUUGAGGAGUCGCAGGUGAAAGACUGGGAGAACUUUAACAAUGAGCAGGACACCAUAUGUGAGGAUCCAGGGAGGCAGAAACCUGCACCCCGACCAGAGAAGGUGGCAGGAGAAGAGCAUGCGGAGUCACCGGUGAAAGAAAAGAGCUGGAACCUUCUGAGGACUCGCUUCAGGGCGCGCGUCUCUUCCAACUCUGACCAUGAGCAGAUGAGUCCGCAGUCACCUGACCAGGCCUGAAGAGGGCAGUGUCUCCCAUACAUUCAUAUUAUGUUGACCUAGAGAGAGAUAGAUUACCACUCCCAUUGAUUUCAAUGUUUGAUGCUAUGCUUACAAAAUCAGCACAGAAAGCAUGAAAAUGACCUGUUAUGCUACAGUUGUAAAUGUGAGUGUGCAUGAGAAUAUCAGUGUACACUGUCUCCAGGAGUAGCUUUCAACCAUUAGCAUAAUAAUAUAGAAUAAUAGAAUAUAAGUCAUUAAUACAUUCCUGUAAUUCUAUUCAUAUAAUUUUCCUUGGGUCAUUCAUGAUGUCUUCUCAUCCCACUUGUGACACCCUGCAUGAAUGAAUCCUCCUGAAUAUUGUAACAAUUAUGUACUAAAGAGCACAUUCAAGACACGAUGACAAUACAAUGCUUUAGCUGUGUGAUCAGAAAAAUAAAUGGAUAACAUUUCAGUAUGUACAGUCUACUUUUAUUGAUUGGUCUGAAUUUUUGUAAUUGACUAAAGAGACAUUGUGCAAUACAAACAUUAAUUUUCAACAGAAGACACAC